AUGGUACUUGUUGAAGUGGCAAAGGAAAGACUUGCAACAAUGAGAGAUGAAGGAUGGGACACUCUCUUGAAUGAAGCUCAUGUAUUUUAUAACAAACAUGAGAUUCUUAUUCCAAAUAUGGAAGAUGCCCAUGUUAAAGGAAGACGAUGCAAAGCUUCACAAGACACCAAUCUACACAAUUAUCAAGUUGACCUAUUCUAUCCAGUGAUAGACAUACAACUUCAAGAGCUUAAUGGUCGUUUUAAUGAGGUGAGUACUGAGCCUAUUCUUUGUAUUGCUUGCUUGAACCACAACGAUUCAUUUAGUCCUUUUAAUGUAGAGAAGUUGCUUAAUAUGACUGAAUUCUAUCCAUGUGGAUUUUUCGAUGUUGAGAUCUUUGCACUUAAGAAUCAACUUGACAAUUAUACUGUUGAUGUGCAUAGAGAUGCAAGGUUUGCUAAUCUGAAGGGAAUAGGUGAUCCUUCCAAUAAAAUAAUGGAGACUUAA